AUGAAUGAAACAACAGAAGACGAUAAUAAAAUCGAACUUCUACCACCUCCACCACCACCAAUAAUUAAUGUUAUCGAAGAUUCAAUAGCAUCACGUACUAAAGAAAUUACUAAACGACCAAAACGUGAACGUAGUCCACCUAUUCAAAUUCUACCACCAGCACCUAAAAUAAAAAAAGUUAAAGAGGUCGCACCCAAAUUACCGGAUAAAACAAAAUGGACAUUAGAAGAGCAAAAACAAUUUUUUGGUGCACUUCGAAUUUAUGGAAAAAAUUUCGAAGCACUUGGUCAAUUUUUUAAUACACGCCGACGUCUUGUUAAUCCUGAAGCACAAAAACGUACAUUUGGUCAGAUACGUUGUUUUUACUAUCGUUCAUUUCGUACAGUUUCAAAAUUAUGUACAUUUACUGAAGAAGAAAAAUCAAAUGUUGAUUCAUUUGAAUUACGUUCUGUUCUUGCUUAUUUAUGUUUAAAACCCAAAGUAAAAUAUUUUGAUAAAAAACCAACAAUAACUGUUUUACAUCAACUUAUACGUAAUGGUAAUGCAUUUAUACGUGUUAAAGGACAACGUGAACAUGUAUCAAUUAUUGGUAAAGCAUUAAAACCACCAAAAACAUCGACUACACUUGGUUCAACAAAACAAACCGAUCGUACAUUAUCAAAACAUGUGAAAAUUUUAUUAAGUCCAGCAUCAUCAAAUGCAUAUAUGCGUGUAGCAUUAUCAUGUCGAUAUCCUCAUGUUGAAGUUUUAUUAUCGCGUUCAACAACUAUAUAUGAAUUAAUUGAUAAAUUAACACAAUAUUGGCAAUUAAAUAAUCAUGCACAAUGUGUAAAUCAGUUAUUUAAAGAUGAUUCAUCUUCUGAACAAUUUAUUUUAUAUCCUCAUGGAUCUUAUUUAACAUCAAUUGAUUCUCCACUUCUACCAAAUGAUAUUAUUGAUCUUUCGGCACGAAAACAAGCACGUUCACGAUCAGAUUCUGAACAUUCACCUGAACCAUAUAUAGAUUCUUCUCUAAAUAUAAUUCGUAAAAAAGCGAAUCUACCAGAAAAUGAUGAAUCAACAGGAGGAAUUCAUAAUUCAUCAAUAUCACCACCAACAACAGUAACAAAUUCGAAUAAAUCAAAUCUGGCACGAACAGCUAUUUUAUCAGCAGCAAAACGAGCUGCUUGUAAUAAUAUGAAUAAUUGUGAUGGAACAGCUUUUACACUUAUUGAUGGUACAGAAGAUGAAGCAGAUAGUAGUGCUGGUCUAUUUAAACAACGAUUUGAUACAAUGGAUCUCACAGAUGAGUUUGCUUCCGAAGAUGAAAUUGAACCUGAUGCUAAUGUACUAGCUCCCGUAUCGCAAACAGUUACAAUGCCUACAGUAAAUAAUCCAACGAUUACAUUAGCUGAUCUUACACAAGGUAUGACACGAAUAAAUUCAUUAUUUUCUACAUUAACUAUUGGUGAAUUACAAAAAUUAUUACAACGCCCGAAAGAACUUCGUCUUAUAUAUGAUUUUAAUAAUUUAUCUCGUACAAAUACGAAUGAGUUAUCAAGUACAUAUCUUCAUUAUGUGAUUCAAAUAGCAAAUCAAUGUUUAACAUCUAUUGCUGAACGACAAUUACAAACGGAAAUGAAAACAGCUAAAAAGACGAAUACAAAAAAACAACAAAUAUUACGAUCGAAAUGUUAUUGUACAUGUUGUUCUCAUCAUCAUCAUCAUCAACUUAAUACAAAAGAUCAAAAACGAUCAUCAACAAAAGUUAACAACUCAUCUAAUACAGAUAUUUGUGCUUUAUUACAAAAGGCGCAAUCAAUACCGGCUGAAGAAUUUUUAAAUGAAGAUAUUUUAACAGUACAGACGUCUUCCAAUAAUAUUAAUAAUAAUGCAAAUCUAAUAUCAGAUGGAGAUUUACAUAAUAAACAAACGCCAUUAUCUCAACUUGAUGAGCAAUCUGAUAUUUUCAAUUCUCUUAGUUGGCCAACUGAGACUGUAACAACAUCUCUGGAACAAUCUCAACUACCUGCACUUUCACAACCACCAAAUUCAACAUUAUCUAAUUCAACAACAACGACAUCACCUGAACUUUCACCUUUAUUAACAUUAUUACUUCCAAUGAUGAAUGGAGUUGAAUCAACUCCUCCACCUCCUCCUCAAACUAAACCAUCUGCUAUUGUAUUUAGUAGUAAUAAUGGUGUUAUCGAUGAUCCACUAAUUCAAUCAUUAGCUGCAGAACAAGCUGCAUCAGCAAAUAAUUAUGAUCUCUUAUUAUAUCGACAUAAACGAGUUCGACGUCCAUUACGUUAUGGUGAUCAAUCAACUCGUCCUUCAAAUAUUCAAUUUUUACUUGAUGCUAAUAUCAAUGCUCAACAAACAGCAGCUGCUGCUAAUCAACGUUUCAUGUUUAACACGCCUGAUCUUUCCAUAUCAUCAAACAAUCCAUUUCGUAGUGAUUGUGAAAAUCCAAAUGAUCUUCUCAAUGAUAAUACAAAUAUGAGUUCGGUUUCAUUAAGCACUACUAUUGUAAAUGCUGCAUUACAAAGCAAUGCUUCACGAUUGCGACUCGAUUGGCCAGAUAAUAUGUCUGAUUUGUCGUUUGGUAGUUUUCCGGAUUUACUUGAAUCGAAUUUAUCAUCUAGUGACCUAAACAAUUUUGAACAGUCGACAACAAACGAACAAAAUAAAUGUGCAUCUGAAAAUUCUAUUUCAGAAACAUUAUUUGCCAUUAAUAAUACGACAAAUUUAUUAUUACAAAAUUAA